UAGUGUAGAAUUGAGGACAGACCCCCUUUUUGAGUACCUACCGUUUAUCCCGUAACCAUGGUGUAUUGUGUGCUUGAUCAACCAAUGGAUGGCACUGAUCACUAGACGAACGUCUUACAAAAUCAAUACAUACAACGAUUUUAAUAGAGAAAGUCCUUCAUGCAUGACUGUCUUAGCUUUUGUGUAGUAGAUCUUUUAGCCAAACUCGUGAGUGAGUAUAUUGCAGCAGUGAUUUCAUGGCUUCAUCUACUCAACGCGCUGUUCAUGUUUUUUAUGUGCCAGUCGCGAGGGUACUAUGGUUCUUAUUGCCUGUAUGUGGGCUGUAUACGGUGUGAUUGCUAAGUGCUUAAUUACUACACGAAUGUAACCGAUUGAUACUAACCUGAGGAAUCGAAUAACGUGUUUACGAGGCGACUGCCAACAUCACAUUGAGAACACCGUGUGUUUCCUGAUAAGUUUUGCAUCAAAGAACUACAGCUAUAUAUGGUUUAUGUCUGUUUGACUGUAUCAACAUCUCUAGGAUUUCCUCGCUAUUUGGAUUGUCUGAACAUUCUACAUAUGGAUUUGUGGUUGUGUAAUAAUCAGUGAGCUUUAUAACUUUUAAAUACCCAUCUCAUACUAUUCGGAAGAACGUAUCUAAUUUUGUUUUUCAAUAUAACGGCUAAUUCGAUUUGGAACGCUGUCAACACUGCACAGUAUAAUGCUGCAUGUGUUUAUUUCAGGAUCAUCCAUGUGGCUUUACUGUAACAUAACACUUAUUUUAUUUCAAAGAUGCGAUUAAUUUUCCUUAUGUCUACCCAUUUCGACUGUUAGCAGUUAAUAUCAUUAUCGACGAUAGUGGUAACUCUACGAAUAACAUUCACACACAGAUGGGAUAACGUUUCAUCAGCAAAGAUACUGUGAGCCAAUAAAUUGCUGUAAUUUCGGAAAUAUUUUUGACGAUUGACUCCAUGGACAUUGAGAGCUUAUAGCCAUGCCAAGGAUCAGGAAUAUACUACGCCGUCAUCCAUGUACUAUACUCUACCAUGUUACACUCCUUGUGCUUGUAUUUACUUUUUUGUCUAACUAUGGUGACAUUUGGAGAAUUAAGAAGUGCCAAUUACUAAAUGAAAGGAGAGAUGUUUACAUGAAAGGGGACAAAGUCGAAAUCGACCCAUCCAUGCCGCUUACCGGAGUGGAUAAUGAGUCUUUGGACGAAUCGAACUCUGAGAUAGGUGUAUCUGAUAUAGGUAGGGAGACUGGAGCAGAAGAGCGUAUGCGAAGCAACGCCAGCACUUCCAUCAGGGAAAAUUUAGAGCUUUUGGACGAAGGCGGAUUCCCUCAAAAUGCAUCAGGGAUCGUCACGGAUCGAGGCGAUCAUCGAAAACAGCCAGAUAACUAUCUUCCCGACUCAGGAUUCCGGAAAGUUCCAGUGUUGCCCCGUGCCAGGGUCGUUGCAGGAGGACCGGGAAUUCACCUCCAGAGGGAGCCCUAUGAAGCUGUCAAUCAUCACUUCGGGAAAGAAGUAGAGGGUGUAAUGACGAAGAGAUCGAAUGUCCUCAUAAUUGCCGCAAUGAGAACAGGGUCAUCCUUUCUGGGGGAACUCUUUCAGCAGCGAAGCGACUUCUUCUACAUGUUUGAACCAGGCAUGCAGAUAAUGCACAAACUCGAUUCUUUACACCUCACCCGUCGUGUUAUCUACACGAAACUCAUCGAAAUGCUUCAUGACUUCUACCGCUGUAAAUUCGAUGCUGUUCCUUUCUUUGUAGAAGCGUUAAAUAAAACGACACUAUUUGCUCGAGAGCAAAUGAUUCCCGCUCUUGGUUCAUCGCAGUUCUGUCGCCAUCGUAAACCAGGAGAACGUCCAAGAGAUGCGUGCAUCGACGUGAGUGAGAAGGUUCUGGAGACCGCAUGUAGCACGAGGGGCCACACUGCCGUCAAAUCUAUCCGAGUACUCGACUUAAACCUGAUGAUAUCCGCAGUCAAAGACCCUGUUCUGGACCUCAAACUGAUUCACCUGAUACGUGACCCUAGGAGUAUGAUAUUAUCGCGUUUAAAACUCGCUUCUCCGGAAAUCAAAGUCUUCAAUGUGACUGAGCUCUCCGAUACCUUUCGCAACGUUCUCUUGAAAUAUUGUUCCAACUGGCUUCAGAACUACGAGAUUGGACACUAUGUUCCUUCGAUAAGGAAGAACUACUUGAUGGUGCGCUACGAGGAUCUCGCUUUAGAGCCGUACGUCUACGCGAAGAGAAUCUACGAAUUCGUGGGUCUCGGUGCGGAAAUUCCGCCUACUGUUCUGACGUGGCUAAACAUGAACACCAACGGCAAUGAUCCAAGCCAGAAGAAGGCCGCCGCCUUUUCGACCAAAAGAGACUCGAAAGAGGUCCUGGUAAGCUGGAAGUCCAGACUCACCUUAGAGAUGGCAAAUGCCAUCGAAGGAGUUGGAGACUGUACCCGGCUUAUGAAAGCAACUGGAUAUAAACUUAUUGGGGAGGAUUAUGAGAUGCUCGGUAACUCCGAUCACCUUGUUGAUACAUUCCCAGUACCUGAGCUUGAUAUUACAGCGUUUGACUUUAUGUAAAAGAAAAUGUUUUAUUGAAUGUACUGAAGGGCUAACGUCAUAUUCGCUCGUCGUCAAGGUUACCGGUUCUAAACAAUGGAGCCUGCGCUUUAUUAUUAUUAUUAUUAUUAUUAUUAUUAUUAUUAUUAUUAUUAUUAUUAUUAUUAUUAUUACUAAGCCACCCUUUUCCAUGAUUUAAAUAGAAGUAUGACAAUACUCACAUUAAUAUGGUUUUUUGUUAUUCAUAAUAUUCUUUUCUGGCAGUACUAUCCUAGUGUUAUUUUUUAUAUAUUUAUCUUGAUCCUGUUAUUUCUUGUUUUAAAUAUGUAAUUUGAUGUACCUCUGUCUUUUUUAAAGAUCAAAUUUGAUAUGUUUAUUUAAUGUAUUUACAUUGUUUCACGCGGCCCCAAUCGGUCUUGCAACUGUUUUAUUUUAACCGUGUAUAAAUAAAGAUAUCAAUUCUAUAUUAGUCCCCUUUACAAUGUUUACUCUGGAACUAAACCCUCUCAUUGUUUGCUUCAUAUUUCAUGUAUAUUCAAAAUCUCUUAGAGUGAAAUAUCUUUAUUUUGUAAUCAUGUUGAGGAUACUUAAUAGAGAUGUGUUUUUUUAAAUAUUUAUUUACAAUGUUUAUAUUGUUAAGCUGCCAUGCAUGUGAUUUUCCGGCGGGAAAAGAAACAUUGUUUGGAUCAUAAGAUAAAUAAUGGUUAAGGGAGGUACUCCUAAAGCUUGUUUUGAAGAAAUUAGACAAAAGUACAUGAUAUAGCCUACAUAUGUGUUUUUUUUUAAUUGCCGCUCACGGUAUAUGUUAAGCAACUGUCAUAAUGUUUAAUUGCGUUCAAUAUAUAAGUCUUCUUCUUCUUAUAACACAAACGUAUUCAUUUGCAGCUUAUGUUUUCAUAACAUAAGCAUAUUGCUAGUAUUCAAUUUUAUUUCACGGCAUUAAGCGGGUUUCAGUCUUAAUUUUUAAUCAUUUCUUGCAAUAUUUUGAAUAUGAAGCCAUAUAAAAAGCCAUCUUUUUUAUAGGACAUUUUUUCCUUUAAUAAUAUUCUCAAUUACAUUAAAACAAAUAUUUAGUCUCUUAAAUUCUCUGCCUGUCUCUCUGCGUUAGAAUUAACAAUUUUACGUUAUUAUCUUUGUGUGUGUUUUGUACCCCAUGACAAUCAGCAAAUAAUAUUGUUCCGAUAUGCAUUACUAAAUUGUGUGUUUGUGCAAUGUA